CCCACAACCACCUCCUCCCCCUCCCCCCUAAUUUUAAUAUAUCCUCUCUCUUUCUCUCUCCACCGCCGCCGCCACCACCCUAAAGUUAGUAAAUCUCUCUCUCUUCACCGCCUGUGUCUCGGCCACCACCCCAAACUUCGCAAUACUACUACCUCUUACCACCGCCUAAACUACGUUCUCUCUCUCUCUCUCUCUCUCUCUCUCUUCAUGGUCAUCUAGCUAGCUCCCUGACCAGCAAAUGAGCAUAUGACAGCAAACGUAGCCAACUUGCGAAUUAAGACAAUAUAGUGCAGAAGAAAAAGACAGCUACUGCCACCUCCAUUGCACCAUCCAUUCAAAUACGUACGCAAUUCAAGAACCCAACACAGCUAGCCAGCUAGCGGCUAGCUACGUUUCUUAACAUAAGAAAAUAUUAUCACUACAACUCGACCUUAAAAUGGGCAACGCCGACGAAUACCAAUUUUGCCCUCACCGCGUGGCCGUUCCUCCGUCCAAGCCCUUCUUGAAGUCCCUAAAGUCGUCGCUGAAGGAGACCUUCUUCCCCGACGACCCCUUCCGGCAGUUCAAGAACCAGCCGCCGUGUCGCCGACUUCUGCUGGGCUUGCAGUACUUCGUGCCAAUCCUGGAAUGGGCUCCUCGCUACACCUUCGACUUCUUCAAGGCGGAUCUCGUCGCCGGAAUUACCAUCGCCAGUCUGGCUGUUCCUCAGGGCAUCAGCUACGCCAAUUUGGCCAACUUGCCACCAAUUAUCGGCCUAUAUUCGAGUUUUGUUCCGCCAUUGGUGUAUGCGAUGUUGGGGAGCUCGAGGGAUUUGGCGGUGGGGACGGUGGCCGUGGCGUCGCUGCUGAUAGCAGCUAUGUUGGGGAAGGAGGUUAAUCCUCACGAAAAUACUAAGCUUUAUGUUCAGUUAACUUUCACUGCUACAUUCUUCGCUGGCCUCCUCCAAGCUGGUUUGGGUUUCUUUAGGCUAGGCUUCAUAGUGGACUUUUUGUCACAUGCAACCAUAGUGGGGUUCAUGGCGGGAGCAGCCACGGUGGUGUGUCUACAGCAGCUAAAAGGGAUAUUGGGUUUGCUUCACUUCACCCACGAGACCGAUGUUACUUCUGUCUUCCGCUCUGUAUUCACCCAAACGCACCAGUGGAGGUGGGAAAGCGGAUUGCUGGGCUGUGGUUUCCUUUUCUUCCUCUUCCUCAUAAGAUACUUCAGCAAGAAAAAGGCAAGCUUCUUCUGGAUAAACGCAAUGGCUCCUCUUCUCUCUGUUAUUUUGGGAAGCCUGCUCGUCUUCCUUACCCACGCUGAAAAACACGGCGUUCAAAUUAUAGGGCACUUGAAGAAAGGUUUGAAUCCACCAUCCUUGGCCGAAUUAGAGUUUGGGUCACCGUAUCUCACACUGGUUAUUAAGAUCGGCGUCAUCACUGGUAUCAUCGCUCUCGCUGAAGGAAUAGCAGUUGGAAGAAGCUUCGCCAUGUUCAAGAACUACCACAUUGAUGGAAACAAAGAGAUGAUCGCUUUUGGAAUGAUGAACAUUGCUGGCUCCUGCGCGUCUUGCUACUUGACCGCUGGCCCAUUCUCGCGAACAGCGGUUAACUUCAAUGCAGGAUGCAAGACGGCAGUAUCAAACAUUGUAAUGGCAACGGCAGUUAUGAUAACUCUGCUCUUCCUCACUCCACUCUUCCAUUACACUCCCCUAGUGGUCCUCUCCUCCAUAAUCAUCACUGCCAUGGUUGGCCUCAUCGACUACAAUGCUGCCAUCCAUAUCUGGAAAGUCGACAAGCUCGAUUUCGUCAUCUGCAUUGGUUCGUACCUUGGCGUGGUCUUUGGCAGUGUUGAGGUCGGCCUAGUCAUCGGUGUUACCGUUUCAUUGCUAAGAGUUUUACUAUUUGUGGCGAGGCCAAGGACAUUCGCUCUAGGCAAUGUCCCAAACUCCAUGACCUACAGAAGCAUCGAGCAAUACCCGGUGUCCAAUCAUGUUCCCGGGAUUCUCAUUCUUCGCGUAGAUGCACCCAUCUACUUUGCCAAUGCAAGCUACUUGAGAGAGAGGAUCUCAAGAUGGAUACAAGAGGAGGAAGAGAAAAUAAAAUCUUUGGGAAAAAGUAGCCUUCAGUAUGUCAUAUUGGAUAUGGGUGCCGUUGGAAGCAUCGACACAGGUGGGGUCAGCAUGCUUGAAGAAGUCAACAAGAAUGUUGAAAGAAAAGGUCUCAAGCUUGUUCUAGCAAACCCAGGAAGUGAGGUGACGAAGAAGCUAGACAAGUCAAACCUCAUCGAAACCAUUGGACAGGAAUGGAUGUUUUUGACGGUUGCAGAGGCCGUGGGAGCAUGCAACUUCAUGCUGCACACAUCCGACAAGCCAAAGCCCACGGCCGUCGAUCUGGGUGCACAAGAUGGCAAUGUAUGACAUCUUGGAUGCGAUGGAUGUUAUACAUAUGCCAAAGAAUUUGAAAGGGCAGCGUGCAUGGCAUUGGUUGGGAAAAAUUAAGCAUAUAAAGGAAAGGAAGCUUUCUGAUGUAAUUGUUAAAUGCCAUCUUAACUUUCCGAGUAUUGAAUUGUAAUACUAAUUGGCUAAGAGAAGCUGCUUCCACCCCACACCCUAAUGUAAUGUUUUCAGUGAGAAUAGCUUUGGCACUUUGUCUUUUUUGCAAUACAAAUGGUAGUUCUCGUGCUUAUGCAUCAA